AACAUACAUUGAUAUUGAUUGUGGCAUCUCGCGUUACUUCACAUACGACUUCUCAUCGAGAAUGAGCUGGAGUGCAAGUGCUGACGACUUUUCUAGCGGGUUCUAGAGGUUGAGGAAGCAGCGCGUGCAGUGGUCAGGACGGUCGGUCAUCCUCUGCCUCUGUGUGAGGCACCUCUCACGGCCGUGAGACAACAAUUGCAUGCGUGCGUGCCUGCGCCACAGACAGACCACAACAAACGAUUAUAAAUUAUUUUAGUGACAACAGCACACACAUAUCCGAGAUGCGUUCGCGUAGCAAUUCGGGCGUCCGCUUGGACUACUAUCAGCGGAUUGUUCACCGUCUGAUAUUGGCGCACCAGGAGCCGGUGACCGGCCUGUUUCCUGCCUCCAAUGUCAAUUCGCACGCAUGGAUUCGCGACAAUGUGUACUGCAUCCUGGCCGUUUGGGGCCUGUCGAUGGCCUACAAGAAGAUCGCCGACCAGGACGAGGAUCGUGCCAAAUGCUAUGAGCUGGAGCAAAGCUGUGUGAAGCUAAUGCGCGGCCUGCUCAUGGCCAUGAUGAAUCAAAAAGACAAGGUCGAAAAGUUCAAGAUGACCCAGAGCCCGUGCGACUCUCUGCAUGCCAAGUACUCCAGCAAGAAUGGCCUGCCCGUGGUCGGGGAUAACGAGUGGGGUCAUCUGCAGAUCGAUGCCGUAUCCCUAUAUCUCCUGAUCCUGGCCCAAAUGACAGCCUCCGGCCUGCAGAUUGUCUUCACCCUGGACGAAGUCUCGUUCAUACAGAAUCUGGUCUUUUACAUUGAGUCGGCCUACUCCAUACCCGACUAUGGCAUCUGGGAGCGUGGCGACAAGACAAAUCAUGGUGAGCCGGAACUGAAUGCCAGCUCCAUUGGCAUGGCCAAGGCCGCCUUGGAGGCCAUGAACGAGUUGGAUUUGUUUGGUGCACGCGGCGGUCCGGCCAGCGUCAUUCAUGUGCUGGCCGACGAAGCCCACAAAUGCCAGGCCGUCCUGCAGUCGAUGCUGCCACGUGAAUCGAACAGCAAGGAGCUGGACUCGGGCCUCCUCUGUGUGAUUGGCUUUCCCGCGUUCGCCGUGGACGAUGCCCAGCUGAUACACAACACCAAAGACGCGAUUCUGUCCCGCCUUCAGGGCAAAUACGGUUGCAAGCGUUUCCUGCGCGAUGGCUAUCGCACACCGAAAGAGGAUCCCUCCAGGCUCUACUACGAGCGAUGGGAGCUGCGCAUGUUCGAGAACAUCGAAUGCGAAUGGCCGCUCUUCUUCUGCUACCUCAUCCUGUUCCAUGCAUUUCAAAACGACAAGCGCUCGGUGCAGGAGUAUGCCGAUCGUUUGGAAAAGAUAAUGGUCCGUUCAGAGGAUGGCACACUGCUGGUGCCCGAAAGCUAUGCUGUGCGCCAGGAUCUGGUUGGACAAGAGUAUCAAAAGCCCGGCUCACAGAUACGCGAAGUUGUGGGCCGUUGCCCCUUCCUUUGGGGUCAAUCGCUGUUCAUUUUGGGCCGCCUACUGCAGGAGGGUUUCCUGGCUGUGGGUGAAUUGGACCCAUUGAAUCGUCGCCUGGGUGCCCAAAAGAAACCCGAUGUGGUCGUCCAAGUGGUGAUCAUUGCCGAGGACAAUGAGAUACGCGACAAGCUGGCCGAGCAUGAUCUGCACGUCCAGACCAUAGCCGAGGUGGCGCCCAUUGAGGUGCAGCCGGCCCGUGUCCUUAGCCACCUGUACACGUAUCUGGGGCGCAACCGCAAGCUGGGCCUCAGUGGCCGCAAGUCCCGGGAUGUGGGCAUACUCAGCACCAGCAAGCUCUACUCUCUAAAGGAUCGUAUAUUUGCCUUCACGCCGCAGCAUAUCGACUAUGAAGAAUACUAUACAACACGCGAUCCCGAUUUGCUUGCCAGCAAUUUUACCACAAAUUUAGCAUUCUUGACCAACAAUUGGCGUCACAUGUUGGGCAGGCCGACAAUCACACUAAUGGCAACCCACUAUAUGCUAGACCAGGACAAGAUACCGCUGGCCAUGAUCCAAACGAUGAGGAAACUCAAGUCUGGCUACAUCAACGGCACCCGCGUGAUGUUGGGCAGCCUGAAGGACUUUCUGAACACGUCGGCCAUCACGGACUUGAGUUUUCUGGGCAGCACCGAGGACGGUUAUCCGGAUCGUCUGCAUUCCGAUGUGCAGACGUAUUUGGACGAGCACCUGCUGCGGUCCUUCAGCAAUCGCAGUACCAUGAACCUACGCGGCGGACAGCUAAGGCCACGAACUCUACGCCGUCGCAUGUCCUGCAAGGGAGCCAUCAAGAAGACACGCUCCAUAAAUGUGGACUCCGAUAACCUGGGAAUGGAGGGACCCGCACCCCUCACCGAACGACGGCUGUCGUCGGUGGUCCCGCCGCCCUGGCUCCAGCCCAACAAGCAGAGCCAUGUCUCAGUGUUCGCCACCACGCCCGAGGAGGGGCCCAGCACCCCGAGUCUCCAUCUGGGCAACGAGCUGGUCAUACGCGAGAAUAUCUAUCCCGUGGAUCCCCACGGAUCGAACCGCACGACCAUCGAUAGACGCAGCGAGUUUGUUCGCCAGCACGAGAUAACGGUGCCAAAAAUUCUCAUCCAACGCCAUCGGGCGGAAACCAAUUUUGCGGACACAGAGGUGGAGGAGCUGAUUGCCAUGUUGCGCGAGACGGAGAAUCUCGAGGAGCAGGGCGACAUACUGCAGUUCCUGGUCGAUACCCAGGGCCUGGACUUUAAUACGGAGCUCGAGCAAGCAUUCGUGGACGAGGUGGUGCUCGGACUGGCUGCUAGUGCUGCAGGUGGUGGUGGGACAGGUGCUGGUGGUGGUGCGGUUGCUUCUUCUUCGGGGGACGGGCGCGAGGUCAACGCUAAGCCUGAGUCAGCGGCAGCUGCUACACACACAGUGCUGCCCACAGUGAUCAUCGAUGAUGCUGGUGCUUCAAUUACAGCCAACCCGAAGGCCGCCACGGAUAAGGCCAAUGCCACCUCGACACCCAAAACGACGUCGACUCCUGGAGGCGCCACCGCUGCCACCGCCAAUAGCAGCAGCAGCAGCAGCAACACCAACAGCCACAACAUCAGCAGCAGCAGCAACAGCAACAGCAACAACAGCAGCCUGAAUCUGAAUGCGAAUCCGUCUAACAACGAUUCUUCUCACUCUGAAGGAAUGCUGGAGGAGGGACGCGUUGUGACCGUUCGAGACCUGCUCAAGGGCCUCUACGAGAAGGCCUGCCAGCAGAAGCUCUGGGGACUGGUGCGCCACACGGCCGGGAUGCUGGGCAAACGGGUGGAGGAUCUGGCUAAGGCCGUCACCGAUUUGCUGGUGCGCCAGAAGCAGGUCACCGUGGGCAUGCCGCCGAACAAUGAGCACACCAUUACGGCCCCCUUGCCCGAAGGAGAGCUGCGUCAACUGAUACACGAUGCCUAUGGAGACGAUGAGAGCACAUCAAUGCUCACCCAGGAGCUGAUGGUCUACCUGGCCAUGUUCAUACGCACCGAGCCGCAGUUGUUCCACGAAAUGCUGCGUCUGCGCGUUGGCCUGAUCAUUCAGGUGAUGGCCAAAGAGCUGUCGCGCACUUUGAACUGUGACGGUGAGGCGGCAUCGGAGCAUUUACUUAACCUCUCGCCCUUCGAAAUGAAGAAUCUCCUCUACCACAUACUCAGCGGCAAGGAGUUUGCUGUCAGCAGUGUGGCACGUGGCAAUCUGUCGAUUGUCAGCUGCAAGAGCAGUCGCGUCAGCAAGAAGAGCCAGAUCGGUCUGGGCGAUCCAGAGGGCGAGGAUGCCCUGCUUGCCACCAUCGAUGAUCGGCAGGGCCAGUGGCUGCGUCGCCGUCGCCUUGAUGGCGCCCUUAAUCGUGUGCCGCGUGAUUUUUACUCGCGCGUCUGGACAGUGCUGGAGAAGUGUCAGGGCCUGGCCAUCGAGGGACGGGUGCUGCAGCAGAGCCUCACCCAGGAGAUGACGCCCGGCGAGCUGAAGUUUGCUCUCGAAGUGGAGACGGCCCUCAAUCAGAUACCACAGCCCGAGUACCGGCAACUGGUGGUCGAAGCCCUAAUGGUGCUCACCCUGGUCACCGAGCACAAUAUGGUGCCCUCACUGGGGGGCAUCAUUUACGUGGAGCAUCUGGUGCACAAGGCCAAUCAGUUGUUCCUCGAGGAUCAGCGCAAGGUGCAGGGCGAUGCCACACUGUGUUGUGCCAAGAUCAAGGAUGGAAAGGAGCAGCAGCAGGCUGCUUCAGGGAUGUUACUCUGCGGCGGUGCGGCCUAUAUUUGUCAGCAUCUGUACGACAGUGCUCCCAGUGGCAGCUAUGGAACCAUGACCUACUUGUCGCGUGCCGUGGCUCUCGUACUGGACUGUGUGCCCAAGCACGGCGAAAUGGAGUGCGCCAUCUCCUAAGGAUCCGCAGAGGAAGGGAUCUGCGCCCACUUAAUGCCAAUUUUUGCAACUUUGGAAACGUCCUCUAUCUCAGUCACUCUCUCUCUCUCUCUUUCUCUACCGUUUUCUCUGUGUAUGUCUAGCCCCCCCACCCCCCUGU